AUGGAGAAUCAAAAGGUUAAGCUAAUGUGUAGCUAUGGUGGAAAAAUCCAGCUUCGUCCUCACGAUCAUCAACUCUCCUAUGUUGGCGGCGAUACCAAAAUCCUCACUGUUGAUCGGAACGUCAAGUUUUCCGAUGUAGCUGCAAAGGUGAAUUGUCUUUGUAAUUGCAACGCGGAGGUUUUUAUAAAGUACCAGUUGCCUGGCGAAGAUCUCGAUGCACUUGUUUCUCUUAUCGAUGAUGACGAUGUUGAGCAAAUGAUGGUUGAAUAUGAUCGCAUGCAAAAAGUUUCCACAAAACCCGCUAGGUUAAGGCUUUUCCUCUUUUACCCGAUUCGUUUACCAGAAUCGCCGUUGAAUCCGGAUUUUUUAUUCGGAUUCGAUAAGGAUUACAACCCGAACCCGAGUUCAACGGCAACAGAGGAUCUUCUGCAAUUGCAAUUCCCCGAAAAUUCAGGAUUGGAUAUGUCAAAAAAUGAGGGAAGCGGAGUGAUUGCAGUUCCGAAAAUAGUUUGUGGUGACAACAGCAGCAGCAGCUUGUUGGUGAAGAAUCAUUACACACAAGGGUUACGUGAAAGGCAUGUGAAUGGUGGGGCCUAUGGUAAUGCGGUGCAGAUGGUUUACGGGGUACCACUGAUGACUGGUGGGUAUCACACUGGGUUUGGGCAGUUGGGAGUAGUGGCUGCAGGUGGUGGCCAAUACAUGGACCAGCCUGUCUACAAUUUUGUGCCUGCAGUGACUUCGGUGAUGGUCCCAGAUCAGCACAAGAUGAUUGUGUCUACAACUGAUACUCUCAGCCGUGAAAUCAAAGGUUGA